AUGCAGGGCGACGACUCAGACGGCGCGAUCGGGGGCGAGCGAGUGGCCGCGCUGAGAGCGGUGCAAGCGCGCCGGCAGGAGCUGCUGCAGGCGUUGCGGGCGUUGGAUGAGGAAGAUCGACGGUUGAGAUUAGGCGAGGGGCGAGAGACGGAGGGGGAGAGACGGAGAGAAGGGGGUGAUGACGGAAAGCGGAAGCAGGAGACCCGAGAAGCGGAGUGCGGGCAAGCGGGCGGAGGGAAGCGCAGCGGCGGAGUGGAGAGCGCGAGCGGAGCGGAAUCGAAUGCGCGCUCGCUGACUGGUGACGGCCCCGCGAUUGGGGCGGUGGAGGGGGGGAAUGGCGGGGAUAGAGUCGAUGGCGGGCUACCAAGGGGGAACGCAGGAUUUGAGGGAGCGGGAGCAGAAGCGGGUGGCGGGGCGGGCGAGGAGGGGCGCAGCUUCGAGGCGGAGCAUGCGUUGAGCGCGCGGGAGGUGCAGCGCUACUCGCGGCAGCUCAUGCUGCCGUCGUUCGGCGUCGCAGCGCAGCAGCGGCUGAGGCGCGGGUCAGUGCUGGUGGUGGGCGCGGGCGGGCUGGGGUCGCCGGCUGCACUCUACCUCGCGGCGUGCGGCGUGGGUGCGUGCGGGGGGGCGAGGGGUGGGGGCAGUGAGGGUGGUGAGGGCAGUGGGGCAGGGCGAGUGGGGGGACAGUGCGGGCGGGUAGUGGGGGCAGUGGGUGAGUGUGACGUGGAUGUUGAUGGUUGCUGCGGGCGGCACCAUGUUAUGGUGCUGGUUGGUUUGGAGGACGACGAGUGGGCCGCGGCGCUCCAUGCCUGUGGACUAACGUGCUCACCCUUCCUUCUCUCCUCUCUUCCUCACUCCCAGUGUAACACGCUGUGUUCUCAUGCAUCCCACAUGCCAUUCCACCCGCAUUGCUGCUCGCCCGUUGCGUGUUUUGUUGUGGCAUGGCACGGAAUGGCAUGGCAUGCAGGGCGCAUAGGCAUCGUGGACAGGGAUGACGUGGAGCUGUCCAACCUGCACAGACAGGUAUCCCCUCUCCCCCAUGCCUCUCCCGCCAUGCCUCUCCCCGCCAUGCCUCUCCCCGCCAUGCCUCUCCCCGCCAUGCCUCUCCCCGCCAUGCCUCUCCCCGCCAUGCCUCUCCCCAUGCCUCCCCGCAAUGCCUCUCCCCGCCAUGCCUCUCCCCGCCAUGCCUCUCCCCGCAAUGCCUCUCCCCGCCAUGCCUCUCCCCGCCAUGCCUCUCCCCGCCAUGCCUCUCCCCGCCAUGCCUCUCCCCGCCAUGCCUCUCCCCGCCAUGCCUCUCCCCGCCAUGCCUCUCCCCGCCAUGCCUCUCCCCGCCAUGCCUCUCCCCGCCAUGCCUCUCCCCGCCAUGCCUCUCCCCGCCAUGCCUCUCCCCCGCCAUGCCUCUCCCCGCCAUGCCUCUCCCCGCCAUGCCUCUCCCCGCCAUGCCUCUCCCCGCCAUGCCUCUCCCCGCCAUGCCUCUCCCCGCCAUGCCUCUCCCCGCCAUGCCUCUCCCCGCCAUGCCUCUCCCCGCCAUGCCUCUCCCCGCCAUGCCUCUCCCCGCCAUGCCUCUCCCCGCCAUGCCUCUCCCCCGCCAUGGCCUCUCCCCGCCAUGCCUCUCCCCGCCAUGCCUCUCCCCGCCAUGCCUCUCCCCGCCAUGCCUCUCCCCGCCAUGCCUCUCCCCGCCAUGCCUCUCCCCGCCAUGCCUCUCCCCGCCAUGCCUCUCCCCGCCAUGCCUCUCCCCGCCAUGCCUCUCCCCGCCAUGCCUCUCCCCGCCAUGCCUCUCCCCGCCAUGCCUCUCCCGCCAUGCCUCUCCCCGCCAUGCCUCUCCCCGCCAUGCCUCUCCCCCGCCAUGCCUCUCCCCAGCCAUGCCUCUCCCCGCCAUGCCUCUCCCCGCCAUGCCUCUCCCCGCCAUGCCUCUCCCCGCCAUGCCUCUCCCCGCCAUGCCUCUCCCCGCCAUGCCUCUCCCCGCCAUGCCUCUCCCCGCCAUGCCUCUCCCCGCCAUGCCUCUCCCCGCCAUGGGCCUCUCCCCGCCAUGCCUCUCCCCGCCAUGCCUCUCCCCGCCAUGCCUCUCCCCGCCAUGCCUCUCCCCGCCAUGCCUCUCCCCGCCAUGCCUCUCCCCGCCAUGCCUCUCCCCGCCAUGCCUCUCCCCGCCAUGCCUCUCCCCGCCAUGCCUCUCCCCGCCAUGCCUCUCCCCGCCAUGCCUCUCCCCGCCAUGCCUCUCCCCGCCAUGCCUCUCCCCGCCAUGCCUCUCCCCGCCAUGCCUCUCCCCGCCAUGCCUCUCCCCGCCAUGCCUCUCCCCGCAUGCCUCUCCCCGCCAUGCCUCUCCCCGCCAUGCCUCUCCCCGCCAUGCCUCUCCCCGCCAUGCCUCUCCCCGCCAUGCCUCUCCCCGCCAUGCCUCUCCCCGCCAUGCCUCUCCCCGCCAUGCCUCUCCCCGCCAUGCCUCUCCCCGCCAUGCCUCUCCCCGCCAUGCCUCUCCCCGCCAUGCCUCUCCCCGCCAUGCCUCUCCCCGCCAUGCCUCUCCCCGCCAUGCCUCUCCCCGCCAUGCCUCUCCCCGCCAUGCCUCUCCCCGCCAUGCCUCUCCCCGCCAUGCCUCUCCCCGCCAUGCCUCUCCCCGCCAUGCCUCUCCCCGCCAUGCCUCUCCCCGCCAUGCCUCUCCCCGCCAUGCCUCUCCCCGCCAUGCCUCUCCCCGCCAUGCCUCUCCCCGCCAUGCCUCUCCCCGCCAUGCCUCUCCCCGCCAUGCCUCUCCCCGCCAUGCCUCUCCCCGCCAUGCCUCUCCCCGCCAUGCCUCUCCCCGCCAUGCCUCUCCCCGCCAUGCCUCUCCCCGCCAUGCCUCUCCCCGCCAUGCCUCUCCCCGCCAUGCCUCUCCCCGCCAUGCCUCUCCCCGCCAUGCCUCUCCCCGCCAUGCCUCUCCCCGCCAUGCCUCUCCCCGCCAUGCCUCUCCCCGCCAUGCCUCUCCCCGCCAUGCCUCUCCCCGCCAUGCCUCUCCCCGCCAUGCCUCUCCCCGCCAUGCCUCUCCCCGCCAUGCCUCUCCCCGCCAUGCCUCUCCCCGCCAUGCCUCUCCCCGCCAUGCCUCUCCCCGCCAUGCCUCUCCCCGCCAUGCCUCUCCCCGCCAUGCCUCUCCCCGCCAUGCCUCUCCCCGCCAUGCCUCUCCCGCCAUGCUCUCCCCGCCAUGCCUACUCCCCGCCAUGCCUCUCCCCGCCAUGCCUCUCCCCGCCAUGCCUCUCCCGCCAUGCCUCUCCCCGCCAUGCCUCUCCCCGCCAUGCCUCUCCCCGCCAUGCCUCUCCCCGCCAUGCCUCUCCCCGCCAUGCCUCUCCCCGCCAUGCCUCUCCCCGCCAUGCCUCUCCCCGCCAUGCCUCUCCCCGCCAUGCCUCUCCCCGCCAUGCCUCUCCCCGCCAUGCCUCUCCCGCCAUGCCUCUCCCCGCCAUGCCUCUCCCCGCCAUGCCUCUCCCCGCCAUGCCUCUCCCCGCCAUGCCUCUCCCCGCCAUGCCUCUCCCCGCCAUGCCUCUCCCCGCCAUGCCUCUCCCCGCCAUUGCCUCUCCCCGCCAUGCCUCUCCCGCCAUGCCUCUCCCCGCCAUGCCUCUCCCCGCCAUGCCUCUCCCCGCCAUGCCUCUCCCCGCCAUGCCUCUCCCCGCCAUGCCUCUCCCCGCCAUGCCUCUCCCCGCCAUGCCUCUCCCCGCCAUGCCUCUCCCCGCCAUGCCUCUCCCCGCCAUGCCUCUCCCCGCCAUGCCUCUCCCCGCCAUGCCUCUCCCCGCCAUGCCUCUCCCCGCCAUGCCUCUCCCCGACAUGCCUCUCCCCGCCAUGCCUCUCCCCGCCAUGCCUCUCCCCGCCAUGCCUCUCCCCGCCAUGCCUCUCCCCGCCAUGGCCUCUUCCCGCCAUGCCUCUCCCCGCCAUGCCUCUCCCCGCCAUGCCUCUCCCCGCCACUGCAUGCCUCUCCCCGCCAUGCCUCUCCCCGCCAUGCCUCUCCCCGCCAUGCCUCUCCCCGCCAUGCCUCUCCCCGCCAUGCCUCUCACCCCGCCCCACUGCCCCGCAUGCAUCACCAACACACCACUUGCUGAUUCACACUCCCUCGUCCAGCCUUUGCUCCCACUUCCCUCCCUCCCUCCCUCCCUCCCUCCCUCCCUCCCUCCCUCCCUCCCUCCCUCCCUCCCUCCCUCCCUCCCUCCCUCCCUCCCUCCCUCCCUCCCUCCCUCCCCUCCCUCCCUCCCUCCCUCCCUCCCUCUCUCCCUCCCUCUUCUUGUUCUCCCUCGCGUUCUGACCUUCCUGCUGCCCGCACCUCUGCAUGUCGUGUACGAUGUGCUGGUGGACGCGUCUGACAACGUGGCCACGCGCUACCUCGCCAGCGACGCUGCUGUCGCCGCCCGCAAGGUGCGACCGACGGCACACGGGUGA